AUGAUGUCUGCAGCCAGCAGUAGUGCGGACAUCAGUGGGGCAGUGCCCAGGCAUGUACUGGUAAUGCCGGGACAGGGGACACAGGUGAUGAUAUCUAGAGCUCCAUUCACCCAAAGUGCCUUUGACGAGCUACAUGUUCGGAGGAAGGGAGAAGAUGAGCUGACGGUGUGCCAGAAGAUCCGAAACAAGUGCUUCUGCUCCAAGAAGCGUCUCUGGCGACUGCUGACGGGCUACGUGCCGGUGAUCAAGUUCAUCCGCUACUACAAGUUUCGCGAGUACGCCAUCGCUGACAUCUUUGCAGGUCUGUCUAUUGGAACAAUCCACCUCCCUCAGGGACUGGCAUUCGGACUCUUAGCCUCAGCUAAGAUUGAGAAUGGACUCUUCUCAUCCUUGUGGCCCUCACUGGUCUACAUCUUCUUUGGGACAUCCCCUCAUCUCUCCAUGGGAACCAGCGCAGUGAUAUGUCUUCUCACGGCAUCAGUCAUUGACAGGGAGGGAAUUAAAUGGCAGGCUGAAAAUAAACAUAUUAUGGCUAAUUAUUCUAACAACACCAAAAUCGAAAAUACCCCUGAAUAUAUGGACUUUAAAGAGGAGGUGGCCAUGGGUCUCACGCUGAUAAUGGGAAUAGUUCUCUUGAUCAUGGGGAUGCUCAGACUCGGCUUCAUCACAGCCUAUCUCUCCGACUCAUUCUUCUCCGCGUUUACCUCGGCUGCUGCUGUCCAUAUUGGCACCACACAGCUACCACCAAUGCUAGGCAUCACAGUGCCCCGUUUCCCUGGCGUCUUUAAGGUAAUUUAUACGUACAAAGCCAUCUUUCAUGUCCUCAACACAGCAAACUUCGCAGCGAUAAUUAUUGCUAUCAUCUGUUUGUUUUCUAUUUGGUUCGUUAAGGAAUACGUCAAUGAGAAAUAUAAAAGUAAAAUGUUUGCGCCCAUCCCUAUAGAACUGUUUAUUGUUAUCUUCGGCACCAUCGCUUCUCAGUUCGGCAACUUCAGACAAAAAUUCGGCAUUCUUGUCGUUGGGAGCAUCCCCACCGGCCUUCCCGAGCCCAAAGUUCCACUGGUAGGUCUGUCCCUGGUACCCAACUAUAUCGGGGAUGCAAUUGUCAUGGCGAUUUUAACGUUUGCCUACACCAUCGCACUGGCGAAGAUCUGCGCCAAGAAACACAACUACCAGGUGGACGACAGCCAAGAAAUGCUGUCCUAUGGCAUCUUAAACGUUGCCACUUCCUUCCUGAGAUGCAUUCCCUCUUGCGUGGCUCCGCCCAGAACCAUGGUUGCCAGUAGCAUGAACGCCAGGACAACGCUGUGUGGCAUCACUAGUUGUCUAAUGAUGUUUCUCGUCAUUAUGGUGGUGGCCUCACUGUUCCAGGAGUUGCCAAAAGCCGUCCUUGGCGCUAUCAUCUUCGUCUCUCUGAAGAACCUCUUUAUUCAGAUAGGAGACUGUCUCAAAUAUUGGCGCAUCAAUAAGUUUGAUUUCUUGAUCUGGUUUUUUACCUUCUUCUGCACAGUUUUCAUUGACAUUGAUAUGGGGCUUUAUAUCGGCGUCGGAAUAUCUGUUCUAACAGUUGUCUUCCAGACUCAGUUCGCGAAAGGUUACAAGCUCGGGUACACCAAGAAGGACACCGCUUUGGUGGUUCAUAAACAAUACAAGGACUCAUCAGAGAUUCCCGGAAUCAAAGUGUUCCGUUUCAAAUCCAACCUGUACUACGCUAAUGCUGAAAUUUUCCGUAACUCCCUUUACCGGAAAAGUGUCAACCCCAGGAAGUUGCUGAAAGGAUUGAAGAAAAGAGAGAAGCGACUGCAGAAAGAAAACGAGGAGAGGAUGGCACAAGGAUUUCCUCCGCAGGAGGAUAACAAUUUUAUUAUGACCGGAGAAGGGGAAAAAAGCUCAAACAAUAUCUCCUAUCCUAACUUCACCUUGCUACCUGCCGACCAAAAGGAAUCUGUCUACCCAAUGUCCAUCCUAAAAUCAGCUUCCCAAAACGGCAUGCGGGACCUCCACUCGUCGCCAGAGUUGCCCAGUCUGGACUCGGAGUCUGGUGUCAAACCAGAUCUGUCAGAUCCUGGUCUUAAACCAGGCAUGAAUGGACUCAAGAGGGUACAACUCUCUGUGAUAGAGAAGCCACUGUUCACCAUUGACGGAAGUGAUAUCCUCAACAGCCACAAUAGUUUCCACAGUCUGCCCGAUGCCGCCAUCUUAAAACGGCGGGACUUUGGUAGCACGAACAGACUGAAGACCAGCGAGUCUGUCCUGUCUUUGUACUCUAUUGACUUUGACGAAUACGAGGAAGACCCAGAGGACGGGGAUGAGCUGAUCACAGAUGAGAAACUCCGACAGAUGCGCAAGAUUCACCACGUCAUUAUUGACUGUUCCCCCAUCAACUACAUCGAUGCUUCAGGAACUAACGUGCUCACCCACAUCUUCUCCGAAUACAGCCACGUCAGCAUCAAACUCUACCUGGCUGGUUGCUCAGCCGCCAUCAGAAGUACCAUGAGAAAAGCGGGAGUCUUCGACAAGAUCCCAGAGAGCCACUUCUUCCUGGACGUCCACGACGCUGUCAGCUACGCCAAACCACAACGACCAGAACCCAUCCGUCCGGAGAACAUGCAGGACUUCACCGAUGCCGAAGCUAUUGAAAACUCCCGGGUGGUUAACGCUUAA